AUGGCGGACAUAGCCUUGCUGGUGGCGGAGGAGUCCGAGAAGAGGACCAAGCAAGUGGCGCCUGGCGCCGGCGAAGAGGCUUCCAAGGGCAGGGGGAGCUUCGAGGGCAUGGCCAAGGCGUGGGGCUCCUGGGUCGAGUCCGCUGCCGCCACUGCGUCGGAGGUCAAGGUGCACGUCGCACUGCUCGUCAAGGCAGAGCCCAAGACCCCGUUUUCCCUGGCAGCCUUCGAUGGUUUCUUCUCUGCUUAA